AUGUCCUCCGACUCGACAGGGAAGUGUCUCGUCUGCGGUACAGCCACGAAGAGCCGCUGCUCUGCGUGCGUGAGGGCAGGAAUCCACCUCUUCUUCUGCUCGCCGGAACACCAGAAGUUCGUCUGGCCUGUGCACAGGUACUUCUGCGGGCCGGGAAAGGCGAAUCCUUGGACUUGGCCGGCUCUCACGCCUGACGAGGCGCGCGAGGCGCUCGAGAAGCUCGAUGUCGACCCGGGACCUUCAUUCGCCAGACCUCCAGUCGCAAACCCCGAGAUUGUCUUGCAAAGGUACCUGCUCCCGAUCAGCAAGCCGACACCUCUCGACAGCGCCUUGUCUUGCAUUGUGCGAUGGUUCCUCUGUUCUCUGCGUUUCCCUCCACCAAACCUCCCGCAACCGCAGCUGAAGGAGAUCCCUGUGCUCUUCCUAAUGGCGGUUGACGCUAUCUCGUUCAAAGUCGGGAUCAAGACGGAGGACUGGCGUACGCCUUUGCUGCACCGGCUUUCGGUUUUUGCCAGCUGGAAUCGCUCGCCCGACCGCGCGUACGAGGAUGCGAUCGCCGAACACGUUCACCCUGACAUCCUCAAGUACCUCGAAGAGGUUGUCUCGCCCGCAGACCCUCAAGCCGCUCGCGAAAUCCGCCACGCUUUCCUCUCCCUGACUGCGCCAGACCUCUUGGACACCUAG